AUGUCUCAGUGGAAUCAAGUCCAACAGUUAGAAAUCAAGUUUUUGGAACAAGUGGACCAGUUCUAUGAUGACAACUUUCCGAUGGAAAUCCGACACCUGCUGGCGCAGUGGAUUGAGAACCAGGACUGGGAGGCAGCUUCUAACAACGAAACCAUGGCAACCAUUCUUCUUCAAAACUUGUUAAUACAACUGGAUGACCAGUUAGGUCGAGUUUCCAAAGAGAAAAACCUGCUCUUGAUUCACAAUCUGAAAAGAAUUCGGAAAGUCCUGCAGGGAAAAUUUCAUGGAAAUCCAAUGCAUGUAGCUGUGGUUAUUUCAAAUUGCUUAAGGGAAGAGAGGAGAAUAUUGGCUGCUGCCAACAUGCCCGUUCAGGGACCUCUGGAGAAAUCCUUGCAAAGCUCUUCCGUUUCGGAAAGACAGAGGAACGUGGAACACAAAGUGGCCGCCAUUAAGAACAGCGUGCAGAUAACAGAACAAGACACCAAAUAUUUAGAAGACCUGCAAGAUGAAUUUGACUACAGGUAUAAAACGAUUCAGAUGAUGGAUCAGGGUGACAAGAACAACGCCCUGAUGAGUCAGGAGGUGCUGACUCUGCAAGAAAUGCUCAACAGCCUGGACUUCAAGAGGAAGGAAGCGCUGGGCAAGCUGACCCAAAUAGUCAGCGAGACGGACCUGCUGAUGAGCAGCAUGCUGGUGGAGGAGCUGCAGGACUGGAAGCGGCGGCAGCAGGUCGCCUGCAUCGGGGGUCCCCUCCACAGCGGGCUGGACCAGCUUCAGAACUGCUUCACGCUGUUGGCAGAAAGUCUGUUCCAGCUCAAAAGGCAGCUGGAGAAGCUGGAGGAGCAGUCUUCCAAGGUGACGUACGAAGGGGACCCCAUCCCCCUGCAGAGGCCACACCUGCUCGAGAGAGUCACCUUCCUGAUCUGCAGCAUUUUUAAGAACUCGUUUGUGGUUGAACGGCAGCCAUGCAUGCCCACCCACCCUCAGAGGCCGAUGGUGCUGAAGACGCUCAUCCAGUUCACGGUGAAGCUGAGACUACUAAUAAAAUUGCCAGAACUAAAUUAUCAGGUAAAGGUGAAAGCAUCGAUUGACAAGAAUGUUUCCACUCUAAGUAAUCGCAGGUUUGUGCUGUGUGGAACGCACGUCAAAGCCAUGUCCAUCGAAGAAUCUUCCAACGGGAGCCUUUCGGUAGAGUUCCGCCACUUGCAACCAAAGGAAAUGAAGUCCACUGCCGGAAGCAAAGGAAAUGAGGGCUGCCACAUGGUGACGGAGGAGCUUCACUCCAUCACCUUUGAAGCACAGAUCUGCCUCUACGGCCUGACGAUCGAUCUGGAGACCAGCUCCUUACCUGUGGUGAUGAUUUCCAAUGUCAGUCAGUUACCUAACGCGUGGGCAUCCAUCAUCUGGUACAAUGUGUCAACCAACGAUUCCCAGAACUUGGUUUUCUUUAACAACCCUCCCCCGGCCACGCUGAGCCAGCUCCUGGAGGUGAUGAGCUGGCAGUUCUCCUCGUACGUGGGGCGUGGCCUGAACUCCGAUCAGCUCAACAUGCUGGCCGAGAAGCUGACAGCCCAGUCCAGCUACAGUGAUGGUCAUCUCACCUGGUCCAAGUUCUGCAAGGAACACUUACCUGGCAAAUCGUUCACCUUCUGGACAUGGCUUGAAGCAAUACUAGAUCUCAUUAAGAAGCACAUUCUCCCCCUUUGGAUCGAUGGGUGUGUCAUGGGCUUUGUGAGCAAAGAGAAGGAGCGCCUCCUGCUGAAGGACAAGAUGCCCGGGACCUUCUUGCUGCGGUUCAGCGAGAGCCACCUGGGCGGGAUCACCUUCACAUGGGUGGACCACGCUGAGAGCGGAGAAGUGAGGUUCCACUCUGUGGAGCCCUACAAUAAGGGCCGGCUGUCCGCACUGCCCUUCGCCGACAUCCUCCGAGACUACAAGGUUAUUAUGGCCGAAAACGUCCCUGAAAACCCCCUGAAGUACCUCUAUCCCGACAUCCCCAAGGACAAAGCCUUCGGGAAACACUACAGCUCCCAGCCCUGCGAAGUUUCACGACCGACAGAAAAGGGGGACAAAGGUUAUGUUCCUUCUGUUUUUAUCCCCAUCUCGACAAUCCGAAGCGAUUCAACCGAGCCACAGUCUCCAUCAGACCUUCUUCCGAUGUCGCCCAGUGUGUACGCGGUGCUGAGAGAAAACCUGAGUCCCACGACGAUCGAAACCGCAAUGAAGUCUCCCUAUUCUGCUGAAUGACAGGAUCAACUCCUGACACGCACAGGAAAGCAGCAAAGGGAACCUGGAAGACUGAUCGUUGCCAGCAGUCACAUCUUCUUUCUUCAGCUCUGUAUAUGCCCCAUGGUUGAAGCUCUCCUCUCGCUGGCACCCCGAAACCAAAGCUUCAGAUAAACUUGCAAGAUAAGAGACUUUUAAAAACCAAGUGUUAAUAUGAUAUGAACCGAAGACUCAUUUGUUCGUCUGUGUUUCAGCUCUGACUUUGUUUCUCCUGUGUUACUUAUGACUUUGGCCCUAGACGGCUCAAGGUUAAGAUUUCAGAAUAGGGGUCCUGAUACAUGGUGGCAGGAGAAGACUUGACUUUGGGUGGUGGGCACGUGGUACAAUAUACAGAUCCUGUAACAUAGAAACCCACGCCUGAAACCUAUAUGAUCACGUUGACCAAUGUCACCCCAAUAAAUUUAAUUUCAAAAAAA